AUGACCAGCACAAGUUCAACCGCCGCCCAGAGGCCAAUCUCGAAGGCCGAAAGCUCAAAUCCCCGCGAAUUCCAGAUAAACCAGCUGAGGCGACGUUUUCGUCCAACUGAGAGCACGGAUGACGUAGGAACAACGCUGACUUUCGGGAUGGCCCCUUCGGACCCGGACUUUCCCUUCGAAAUGGACAAGCUGCAAUGCGUUUUGCAUGUGCCUCUAUCAUAUCCUGGUCGCGAGAGACCCACUUUGAAAGUGACCAAUUCCGAAAUGGGCAGCGCUUUUCAGGAUAAUAUUGCACGAGGAUUUGACGACAUUGUCGACAGCACUCUGAGGAGUGGUGGCCGUGCGACUUUGUUAACUUGGAUGAAUGCGCUAGACCGACACCUUGAGCGUCUACUCACGACUACAGAAAGAGGCCCCACGCUGAAGUUCGUACCAAAUGUGGGUAGCAAGCAGAAGCCAGAGAGCCAAGCGAUUGUGGAGGGGGUGAAAUCUUUGGCCGUGUCUACCCCAGCGAGUACGCAAGACACGAAACCCAAGUCAUUACCUGUGCCGGAGGCUCCCUCUCGGAUAUAUACCGCGGAGGAGAAAUCGCAGGCUGAGAAGAGGAGAGCUGUUGAGACUAAGCAAAUUGAAGCUCGUCUUGGAAGACUGCCUUUGUUCCAGAAAUCAAAAGAUGGGCUUUCAUUUGUCAUUCCUAUCCAGCCUCCCAAACCCGACCGGCUACCGAUUUCGAUCCGUUCUGUGAAAACAGUCAAGCUAUUGGUGCCCCUUCUGUAUCCACUGGAACAGAGCUCUGUUGAGCUUCAAGGCGUUGAUCGUGCAGAAGCGCGGCCUGUUGAAGUGGGAUUUGCGCAGUGGGUUGAAGGAAAUUCAAAAUUGAACCUGAUGUCGCAAAUCAAUUACCUGACGGCCAAUAUGCAUAACUUCGCUAAAACACCACUUGAAACUCCCCAGGAGCCCGUUUUUGAUGCAUCACCUGAGCCUUUUACAGGCUCUAAAGCUCCUGAAAAUACAUCGACGACGACAAGAGGCCCGACGCUAGAAGACAGACCUCACGUCCAUGUCGUUCCACGACCUCCAGAAUGGACAGUGGGCGAGCGCAGCAGCGAGAGCGAAGGUACGGACAUGACCGAGUCCGAAGACGACUUUACAGGCGAAGAUGAAGAAGAUGGAGGGGCCCCAGUGCCAGCGCUCCCGGAAACCACUGUGGAACGUGGUGUUGCCCUUUCUUUCCCCUUCUUGGAAUUAUAUGGAAUUGAACUUUUAGAGCUUGUCGGCCUCUCAAUCACUGUCAAAUGUGAUCGAUGCAAGGAGCAGAUGGACGUAAAGAACGUCGCUCAGGUCAAGGACAAGGCUGAUGCAUUAUCUCCCAAAGUUGAGUCGUGCAAGAAAUGUGCCAACACUAUGAGUUUUGGUAAGGUUUAUUCGAACAGUACAUAA